UCCUUGAAGCCUGACGCGUUUCUGCGCACACGCCAGUUUCGCUUCCGCGUACUUCCCCGCCUCUUGUUGCCGUGAAAGCUACCAGGAAACACACUGCGUCGUUCACUCACACACACUCGGAGCCGGAUCACAGCACACUGACAGCGGGGAACCUGCCGGGACAUGGCAGCCUCUGUGUGCGCCUUCAUCCUGGCACUUUACGCACUGUGCGGCUCCGCAGCGGGGUCAGGAGGGCUCAGCGCACCCACCAACGUCCGACUGACAUCCUACAACAUGGACCUGGUGCUCAGGUGGGAUCCACCUGAAGGGACGACCGAUGUUCUGACCUACACGGCCGCGUACAGAAGCUCAGCAACUGGAUACAAGAAUGUCUGCACGAACACGUCAGCCCUUGAAUGUGAUUUCACCUCCUCCUUGUCCACCGUGUACGGGAGUUACACGGGCAGAGUGCGGGCGCAUCGGGGGGCCGAGAACUCCAGUUGGGUGGAGAGUAACCUCAUGAUCAUGGAUAAACAAACCUUCAUCGGUCCACCCAGUGUGACUCUUCAUGUCACUGGGACAUCUUUGGAAGUCAGCAUUAAAGACCCAGUGUUCAAGUAUUCAGAACUGAGGGAGGUGUACACCUUGGCCACCUAUAACAUCACCUACUGGAAGAGCAGCCCGAAGGAAGAGGUAAAAACAGUCAGUGGCAUGAUGCAGGACCGAGUGGUUCUUAGUGACCUGGAGCCGAUGAGCGAGUACUGCGUCCAAGUCCAAAUCAUCGCCAACUUGGAAACCGGACCGAGCAACUACAGCGUCGUCUGUGAGCACACCGGUGACGUGGAUGCAGCUCCGUGGGUGGCGGCCGUGGUGGCGUUUGUGGUCAUGGCCGCGGUGGUGGCUCUGGUGGUGACUCUGGUGGUCUACUGGACACGAAUCUCCAAGUUCCUGUGCCCAGAAGUCGUGCUGCCACCACACUUUAAAGAGUCUCUGCUGCCUGCCAACCCCUCCAUCUACCUGGUCUCGCCGAUCUCUGAGCACUGCGACCAGGUCAGCAUCAUAGCAGACCACAGGACUGAGGAGGAGGAGGAAGGAGGGUGCAGCACACAGCCUGAUACCUCACAGGAGGGGGGAUAGGAGGAGCAGGAGGAGGUGGGAUGCACUUUAAAGACUCUGAGAAUCGGCCUCUGACUGUGAGGUUUUAGAGCUGUGAACUCUGCAGCAGUGAAGUGAUGAAGACGAGCAAGAACAGGUGAAGCCGGCCCAGGUGAAGCCGUUCCCACUGUCACAGGCUGCUGUUUAUGCUUUAAUAGUUUAUUCAUGUCAAUGUUUUGUUUUUUACUGUUGUUUUAAAGGUUUUAACGAUUUUUUAAAAAUGUUUAAUGGUUUUAAUGGUCGGAGGUUAACCGAAGCCUCUGCUGUUCCUGCUCGUAGGAACCAGGUGACCCGAUGCUGGGCUGUCCUGAGACAGUCUGGGUCUUUUACUGCUCUCAGUCUUCUUAGCCCAGUUUAAUUACGUGUUCAGUAACUGGAUUACAUCAUAACUACAUGUGAAGGUGUAGCCCUGCAGGCUGUGUGUUUGGGUGUAGUAAUAACUGACGUGGGGAUGAGGUUGGCUUGGGUUUGCCACCAGCUGCUGUGAGACCUCGCCGUCCUCUGCUGUUUCCAGCGGGUUCACCUGAUGACCUUGGAUCUCCAUCAGGCAGGAUUCGGGCCGUCCAGCAGAA